ACGGCUCACUCCACUUCAGUGCACCGCGAGCCUCCUCCCGCCCCUACCGUGAACAUGUGAGCGCCAUGGCUUCCGGAGAUACCACAGAUCCUUACAUGAAGAAGGGCAGGAGUAGCCCCCCGGCUCUGACCGAAAGAAGACCGAGUGGAGGCAACUUGCCAGCCAAGAAUAGCACCUAUGUGUAUGUGAAUGAGGCGUAUAGUGGGGAGCUGAGCAGCCGCGGCGAUUUAAGGACAAUACAAGUGGAACAGCCUUCUGGCGUGGUGCGCGAGCAGUACUGGGCGUGCGCCAAGUGGCCGCGCGCACAGAAGUUCCUCGCCAUCGCCGUGGCGGUGCUGUUCGGAGCCGUCAUCGGGCUCGUCGUGAGUCUCGUGCUGAAGGGGCGCCCGGCGCUGAUAGUAGACUUCACUAGGAAGUCUGAAGCGUAGCUGGUACGCCCUGGUGGUGAUACCCUUAUUACACGUAGCUAAUAGAGUGGCCGAGACAGCAUCCUCGGCCGAGCACUCGGUAUGUUAAUUGGUCGCGAAUCGGCCGAGGAUACUGUCUCGCCACUCUGCUCGGUACGUGUAACAAGGGUAUGAGGGAUGGUCGGAGGCAGCUCUGGGUGGCAGAUGAAAAAGGCUUUCCAGGGGAGGUUGGGUUAUGAAUAGGUGUUCGUUGCG